AAAACACAACCGCUCGAAAUAAACCAUGAACUUCUCUCUAUUCUUCGCUACUGUUCUCUUGACAGCUUUCGCUGCAUCAAAACCAACUACAACAACUACUGAAAAACCAGAUGACUCCUUCGAUCUUGACCUGUUCCUCGGUGCCAUGGGAGAUGGGCAUUUUGCCGAUGGAAAUGGAAAUGUCGACGGAGUUGUUCCAAUGACUCCAAAGAAAUCCGAGAAACUUCCAGGACAAAAGAAAGUAAAGGAUGAAUUUGAGCAACCAGAUGGAGUUGUACCCGAAUUCACUGGAUCUUUUGUUACUGAAAAUCCAGAAACAGCAUCUGCCUCGACUCAAACUUCCGAUGAGGAUACCGAUGAGGAUUACUUCGGAGAAUCUACCGGUGGAGCUGCCGUUGCUGGACCAAUCACCAAUCCAGCUGCCACUUAUCUCGAGGGUUCUGAUUUCGAGAAAGUUACUCAACCAUCCUGCCAAAUGCUCGGAUGCACUGGACCAAUUCCAAACGACGGCUCUUACUCUGCUUUGUCUGCUACUUUGGAUAACAAAGCCUGCAAUCAAAUCUUUGUGGCAAUGAAUGGAUGUACUGAUAAUAAGGGAUAUCCAAUGGGAAUGCUCUGCUCCGUUUGCUGUGAUUGUGCCAACUCUUUUGUACAGGAGAUGAAGAAGACAUUCGGUUACAAAUCAAACAUUCCAACCUCUACAUUCAACUAAAUCAGUUGAUUGUUUGAUGCUCUUCACUUCUAUCAUUUUUCAUCUGUACAUUCAUUCUUCAACUUGCUUCUGCUUCUGUAAUUGUACCUACCAUUUUCUUAAACAAUCGACUACGGGUUCGAUUGCCAAUUUUGCCGGUCUCUUGUAUAUAAUCCCACAUGCUCGCUUUUGCCCAAAAAACACUGGUUUGUAAAUAAAUACUUUGAUACAUU